AUGGAAGACGAUCUAUUGAUGUCCUUCUUGUCUGUGACCGGCGAGACCGAUCCAGAAAGCGCACAACAUUAUUUGGAGGCUGCAAACUUUGACUUACAAACUGCUGUGGAAUUAUUCUUUUCAAAUCAGCAUCAGCCUUCCUCUAUAUCGUCUGCCACAACAACCAAGACUACUUCCGAUGAAAUUAGAUCACCCAUCCCACAGCAAGCAUCAAGGCUUUACGAUUCAUUCCAACAUCAUCACGAUUAUCAAGGAUUUGGUAGUAGCAACUACAACUAUCCGCCCUAUAUGCAAAAUUUUAAUAGCUACAAUCAAAGAGGACAAAAUCAACAAUUCCAAACCGCAUCACGACUAACGAAUUCUAGUGAUGAAUUUUCGGAAAUGUUCAGAAAACCACAAAUUGUAUUCAAAGGAACUUUUGACGAGGCUAAACAAACUGCAGAAAUGGAGGGCAAGUGGUUGAUUGUUGAGAUACAAAAAGAUGAUGUGUUUGAUUGUCAUCGAAUGAAUAGAGACACCUGGGGUAACGAACUUGUUCAAGCUGUACUCACCCCAUUCUUUAUUUUGUGGCAAGCCGAUGAAGGAACAAACCAGGCUACAUUUUUCAAGGGUAGAUAUCAAGUCUUUAGCUAUCCGUAUGUUUGCAUCAUUGAUCCUAGAACUGGAGAGAAUGUUAAAACAUGGGCUGGAAAAUUUAUUGACGCACCAACCAUGGUUGACAGUCUUCAAAAUUUUGUAGAUAGUCAUUCUUUAUUGGAUCACCUUCCUUCACCUUCACCAAGCACUCUUCAUGCUCCAAAUCCUUUCGAAAAUGUUCAACUUCCAGUCUCUUCUCAAAACAUUCACAACAUUCCAAUUAACAGUGAAGCUAUGGAUGACGAGGACGAACAAUUAAGAGCAGCUAUUCAAGCCUCGAUUGAGGAAGCCACAAAGAUGAAUACCUUAGCGGAUGACGAUGUUCAAAUUAUUGAGAAGCCCACACCACAAACAACCACCCCUAACGUUAUCACUCAACAACCAACUUCUCAAACAACUGUUGAACCUGCAGAUAAGAAGGUAAACCUUUCAGAUUAUCUUACUGAGCAAGGGGAUACCACUAAAAUUCAAAUUAGAUUUCCAGAUGGAAAAAGAGAAGUUGUUAAGAUUCUUAAGAGUGCUCCGCUCGCCGCAAUAUAUGCACUAUGUCGACAAAAGUUGGAAGGAAGCCCCAUUUCAUCUUUUGUUGUCACGUAUUUAGAUAAGACUCAAAAGCAAAAGAAUGUUGACAAUACUUUGGAUAAAUCACUAAGCGACGAAGGACUAUUAGGUGUUGCCCUGUCUGUAGUUCAAGAAUAA